CAGAUUCAAACGAGCGACAUUUUGAUUUUUCUCAUGGAGUUGGUAGUGUUUACUUUACAAGGAUAAAAUCGUGGUGAUUCUUUAGAGUAUCAAAAUGUCUAGCCUUCAGGCAUUGAAGAGCCGUUUGCAGAAGGUGGAGGAAAUAAAAAAAGAAAACACACAAGAAGUAACAGAUCACAGCACCUGGAUAAAGAAGAUAGAUGAUCUUGGCAAUAAACCUGAUGACUGGUUGCAGUACACCAGAUUUGUCAAAGGACAGGUCCAGUUUACAGAUGAAGAGAGGAGACACUCUUAUUUGUGCAGUGUAUAUGAGAAGGCAAUGAAGGCCAUAGCUUUUGACAGCAAUAAAAAGAAUACAUCAUAUGCUCAGCUGCUUAUUGAUUAUGCAAAUCUCAAGGCGUAUGUAUUCCCAUGCCUUUUUUAA